AUAAAUAUUUAAGAAGUCAUAUGAUUUCAUAUCAUGUUCGAUCCAAAGAAUAUAGUGUGAGAAAGAAAAGGAAUCUAAAAUCAUAAAUGUAAACAAGAAUCUGGGUUUUGGUUGACUUGUCUUGACAAUGAAGCAUGCUUUUUACAACCUCACAUAAAUGAUAGAAGCCUUUGGAUUGGAACCAGCAGCCUUAGCAAGAUAAAGAACAAAAACCCUUCAUGCAAUUGCACCUACAAACCUUCCUCUCCUUCAACAAACACACGUAGAAAUUCUUUCUUCUUUCAACAGCUAGCUUUAAUGGCCGACACUGAUCGGAGACAAGUUGCAACAUAUCUUUUACUUACAUCAUCGUUCUAGGCAUCGGUGGCUGGGCUAUGAAUCGAGCAAUUGAUCAUGUUUUCAUCAUUGGUAAGUAAAGUACAUAAUAGACGAUCCAUAUGAUAUUUCUAGUACUAGUUUUAUGCAUGUUGAAUGUGAAACUUGCAAGCCCAGGACUUGAUCUUUCUGCAAAUUUUUCAACUGUAUACUUCCCGAUGGGUAAUGCUGCUACUGGGUUUUUCAUGACAUUUGCUUUGAUAGCUGCAGUUGUUGUUGCUACAUCAGCAAUUGCUGGUGAAAAUCAUAUUCGUAAAUGGAAUGCCGAUAGCUUGCCAUCUGCAGUCACAGCUGCUACCAUUGCUUGGUCUCUUAGGGUCCUCCCCAUGGGCUUUGCUUGCAAAGACAUUCAGCUUCACAUCAGAAAUGCCCAUCUGAGAACUAUGGAGGCAUUAUUAAUCAUCCUCUCAGCUUCACAGCUCUUGUACCUGGCAACCAUUCAUACCGCUGCAACAAAUAGGAGAUCUUUAUAAAUUCAGGUUGCUUGACGCAAAUAUCCUGGGUCUUGCAAUCUUAUUUUGCUAAAAUUUGCAUUUUUCCUCGUUGGGGUGAUUUACGUAAAAUUUGAUUGAAUUUUUAUGAACUGAUAACGGAAAAUGAUUUGCCAGCCUCAUAUUGGCAUUUAUCAUUGUAAGGUUCUAAGUAAACAUUUGCCUAUGAAGAACCACUUUAUUUGGCUGUGAAACUUUAGAAUUUAAACCAUAUAUGGAAACAAUUAACUAUACUUGAUCCCCCAAUUACUUGCAGUUUCACCGAAC